AUGUCUGUUGCGAUGGUACCAAUGUCAGAUGAGUUUGGCUACACUGACACUUUGAAAGGAUCUAUUAGUUCUCUAUUCAGCGUGGGCUAUGGCCUUGCUAUUAUUCCAAGUGGUCUACUGUUGGCAUCAAUAUCGCCCAGAAUCCUCAUGGCAGCUGGAAUCGCACUCUGGAGUGCUGGAACUUUGGCAACGCCCUUUGCAGCGGCACAUAGUAAUAUGGCAGUUUUGCUAUCGGCGAGAGCGCUUGUAGGAGCAAGCGAAAGUGUUGUUGUUCCAACUGUUCAACGAUUUUUAUCCAGCUGGAUCCCUACGGACAAGAAAGGUAUCGCGGUGGCAGUUGUCUUUUCGGGGUUCCAGUGUGGCACCAUUCUUGCCUAUUCAAUAAGCCCAUCGGUUAUUGAUGCCUUUGAUGGAGAUUGGAGAAGUUUGUUCUAUUUAUACGGUAGCCUAGGCCUUGGUUUCCUCAUUCCCUGGUUGGCUCUUUCCAGAGAUGAACCAGCCAACAUUGCUCAAACGAAACAACUACCACCUUCGGGUAGCAUUGCAAAGAGCGAAGUAUCUGCCUUGGAACAGGCCAAGGAAACAUUUCAAUCGGCGCCGUGGAAGGACUUUGUUCGAUCCAAGGGAGUCUGGGGCAUGUUUUUUGCACACGCUGCAAACAACUGGGGCCUUUACAACAAUUUAAGCUGGACGCCAAUAUUUUACAACGAGCAAUAUGGUUUGAAUGUCAAGGAAUCCGCCAUAUUGCUGGUUGUUCCAUCCAUUGUUGGUGCUAUUGGUGGUCUCAGUGCGGGUAGUAUUGCCGACAAGAUGAUUCAAAAUAUGGAAGUCGAGACGGUAGAAGAGGUCACCAAGGUGCGCAAACUCUUUCAAGGGAUAGGACUGUUUGGACCAGCCCUCUGCCUUGGAAUUCUAUCCCUGAAUAUUCCGGAGAAACCCUGGGUGGCCCAGGCCCUGUUGGCUGGAACAGUUGGCAUGCAAUCCUUCAAUGCCGCAGGAUACGGUGCCGCCAACCAAGAAAAAGCGGGCGAGAAGUGGACUGGUCUGCUAUAUUCCAUCACGAGUCUACCUUCUGUGAUUAUUGGGACCGGUUCAGUCUAUCUCACGGGCAGAUUGUUGGAUGCGACGGAACAGAAUUGGAGUUAUGUCUUUGGCAUUAACGCGGUCGUCUUUGCCUUGGGAGCUACAGCCUUUGUGACGUUAUAUGACUCCAAAAAGGAAUUUGAUUAG